AUGGAUGUGUGGAACAAUAUAAGAAGAAUAAUUCAAUUAUCUGACGAUGAGGAGGAUAAUGAGAGUGUCUUAAUAUUUGCUGCUCUUUUAGAAGAGCAGAACUUCUAUCAAAAGAGGCGUUGUAGGGAUUCCAUUUUACAAGGGGAAACAUAUGUUAUGGAGAUUUUAAACGGCCAUAGAGAAAGAUGUUAUGAAAAUUUUAGGAUGUAUCCUGAAGUUUUUAGAAUAUUGUGUAGUACCCUGAAAGUAUGUCAGUUGGGCACCCAUAUCAUUACCCCUCCUAAUUUUUCUGUGAUUCCGAAUAAGAUUAGAGAGUCUUCUAGGUUUUACCCUUACUUCAGGCAUUGUGUGGGAGCUAUAGAUGGAACCCACAUUCCUACAACUCUGCCAGCAGCUGGGUGGGAAGGCUCAGCUAAUGAUUCGAGAAUCCUAAAUGAGUGUACUGAAAAUGAGGCAAUGAACUUUCCAGCUCCACCAGCAGGUAAGUAUUAUUUGGUGGACUCAGGGUAUGCCAAUAAGCCUGGUUAUUUGGCCUCAUUUCGAAGUCAUACUUACCACUUUCAGGAAUACCGUAGGACUAGACAACCUCGUGGUCGGGAGGAAGUGUUCAAUUAUAGGCAUUCAUCUUUGAGAAAUAUAAUUGAGCGAUGCUUUGGGUUAUUGAAGAUGAGAUUCGCUAUUUUGAGAGCAAUGCCUCCUUAUAAGUUUUCAACACAACAUCAGCCUGACGACAUAUUUGAUGGUAAUGAUCCUCCUCAAAGUGAUGAUGAAGAUGAUGAGAUUGUUGAGCAUGCACUAGAGGGACAAGCUGUUGGAAGUGAUGUCAGUGAAAAAGAUUCGAAUUCAUUAGAUGGAUUUUCAGGGGAAGUUGAGGUUGAGGAUGUUGAUUGUAUUGAUUUGAAUGAUGUAAAAAGCAGAGACUUAAAUGACAAUAAUGAUAAAAAAAAAGAUGAAGGUAGCAAAACUGAGGAAGUAGGGGGAGAGAAGGGUAGAAGGGUUGAUGUCAUUGCGCUGGCUCAGAGCCUAUGGUUUGCCAAAACAGCUGAUGAUGUAGAAGAGGUUCUCAAGGACAGAAGUGAAUUGCCCUUUCAAGUUUGCUCAUCUAUGAUCAGAGGAUUUGGCAAAGACAAGAAACUACAUUCUGCCAUGGCUCUUGUUGAGUGGCUAAAACCAAAGAAGAGAGAUACUAACGGUUUAAUUGGCCCUAAUCUUUACAUAUAUAAUAGUCUUUUGGGUGCAGUGAAGCAAUCUGAAAAAUUUGAUGAAGCAGAGAAAAUCAUUGAGGAUAUGAUCAUUGAAGGAGUGCUCCCUAAUGUUGUAACUUACAACUCUCUAAUGGGAAUUUACCUAGAACAAGGGCGAGAAGCUGAGGCUCUUGAUCUUUUCGAAGAGAUACAAAAGAAUGGUUUAACUCCAUCUCCCGUGUCCUAUUCUACCGCAUUGUUAGCCUAUCGAAGACUAGAAGAUGGAUUUGGUGCUUUGAAUUUCUAUAUCGAGUUAAAACAGAAGUAUCAAAAAGGUGAUAUAGGAAAAGACGCAGGUGAAGAUUGGCCAAAUGAGAUGGUUAAGCUUGAGAACUUCACAGUUCAAAUUUGCUACCAAGUGAUCCGGCGUUGGCUUGUGAAGGAUGAGAACUUGAGCACCAAUGUGUUGAAACUUCUUACGGAGAUGGACAAGGCUGGACUGAAAACUGGCCGGUCUGAACAUGAGCACCUUGUAUGGGCUUGUACUCGUGAGGAACAUUACACAGUGGUAAGAGAAUUAUAUAGUAGGAUGAGAGAAAGGGAUUCUGGAAUAAGCUUAUCUGUCUGCAAUCAUGUGAUUUGGUUGAUGGGGAAGGCUAAGAAGUGGUGGGCAGCUCUGGAGGUUUACGAGGAUUUGUUGGACAAAGGGCCUAAACCAAAUAACAUGUCAUAUGAACUGAUAGUUUCUCAUUUCAACAUUCUACUCACUGCAGCUAAGAAAAGAGGAAUAUGGAGAUGGGGUGUUAGGUUGCUCAACAAGAUGGAAGAAAAAGGCCUAAAACCAGGAAGUAGGGAAUGGAAUGCAGUUCUUGUAGCCUGUUCCAAGGCUUCAGAAACUUCUGCUGCUGUGCAGAUAUUUAGAAGAAUGGUGGAACAAGGUGAAAAGCCCACCAUUAUCUCCUAUGGGGCACUGCUUAGUGCUCUUGAAAAAGGGAAACUCUAUGAUGACGCCCUUCAGGUGUGGGAGCAUAUGAUUAGAAUGGGAGUUGAGCCAAACUUUUAUGCCUACACAAUUCUGGCUUCGAUUUAUGCUGCACAGGGAAAAUUUAAUAUGGUAGAUUCCAUUAUCCGGGAAAUGGUUUCAUCUGGGGUUGAACCGACUGUUGUCACGUUCAAUGCAAUUAUCAGUGGAUGUGCACGGAACAAUAUGGGAACUGCAGCAUAUGAAUGGUUUCACCAAAUGAAAGCUCACGGCAUCUUACCCAACGAAAUUACUUAUGAGAUGCUGAUUGGGGCUCUUGCAGAGGAUAGUAAGCCAAGACUUGCCUAUGAGCUGUACUUGAGGGCUUACAACGAGGACAUGAACCUCUCUUCAAAGGCAUAUGAUGCAGUCACACAAUCCUCACAGGAUUAUGGUGCUACUAUUGAUCUAAAUACUCUAGGCCCUCGGCCACCGGAAAAAAAGAAAGUAGUACGAAUUAGAAAGAACUUGUCUGAGUUCUGUAAUUUAGCUGAUGUUCCAAGAAGAAGUAGACCAUUUGACAGAAAUGAAAUUUACACUCUGCAAACAGAACGAAAACUGUUAGUAAUUUGGUACAUUUGCAAUCUUUAUGAUACUGUAUUUGUCCAUUCAUUAACUUGUUUAAAUGCUUUAGUUUGAAUGAGUCAGCUUCAAAGCAUCCAAACUAAGUUUAAGACCUUCCAUAAUCAUACUUGGCUAAAGUUUGUUGCUUGCUUCAGUUUCUGAGAACACUGUGGUAAGGAAGCUAAAAUUUUGACCUCAGCAUUAUUCUGACUUCUGAAGUUGUAAUAUUCUGAUUCUUUUAUCAGUUUUGUUACCUC